AACAAUUCCACCACGCCGCCAUCACGACUUAAUGCGCCCCCUUUAACACGCCUUGAGGAGCCCAGACGCGUCGAGAGCCGGAAUCUGUAAGUUCCAGAUUGAUAUGCACCCUGGCCACUACGCAAUCGUUCCCAGGCACUCCCUUGCGCCUCCCGCUCGACCUCCAAACAAUUCAACACCCACUUUUAUCUCUCCCAUCACCAUCCGCGCCUCUGCAAAACGCAGUAUCUGGCUUUCAUAGCACACAUCUUGCUUCAUCUAGGGGGCAGGCGGGGUCUGACAUCUCUUCCCGCAGGUCCUCCGGCACAGUCAAGAGUUCCUCCACCUAUCACAACCAGCAAGAUGGUUCUCUUCAAGCGAAAGCCGGUCCAAUAUCAGCCCAAGCCGCACAUUGAAAAUGACGAGACCGAGGUUUGGGUGAUCAAGGCCACUGGAGAGAUAUUUAUAGACUAUGAGCAAUACCUGGCUCGAAUGGACUUUUACAAGCAGCGACGAUUCAUCUGCCAAAUCACUGGACACUCUGGAUUGUCGUUCUUUGAAGCACUGAAGUCUGAGCUUGCAGGCGCGCAAGAAGUUGAAGAGGCAUUCCCCGAAGCUUUGAAAGGUCCGAUUCUAAGACGCGUACAAUUCCAAACUAUAUCUCGAAUCGAUACCCUCGUCGACCUCAUCUUUGACGAAUUUCGAUCCGACUACUACCCGGGCGAGGCGGUCACAGUACACGUAGUCACUGGCGAACGACUCACAGGAAUUGUCAGGGAUAAAACACGCUUUGGAUCGAAGGUUCUACCAGAUGGCACGGUUAGUGCACCAUUCUCACGGUAUUUCGUCAGCCUUGACAAUCGCCCUACCGAGGAAGCCGUCGUAGAUGACGCGCAUAUCACACGGGAUCGCAAGAUCUUCACAAAGCAGGUUCUGCGGUCAUUCAUCAAGAAGACGGUUACGAGAGAGGCCUGGACCGGUGCGCCGUGGUUGGUGAAGCCGGAAGUUGCCCAAGUUUAUCAUAUCGACACUCGAGUGCCUCCACAUCUUCGUUACGAGAGCAAGGCCGCAGAGCGAAAACAAAAGCAAGCGCAGCAGAAGAAUGGCCAGCCAGACUACGAUGGAAUGGUUGGCAGCUUUCAAGGAAAUGCUUCACGACUACCUGAGUUGAAGCCAGCACCGAAGAGCCACAAGAGCAAGCAGCAGCAACAGCAGCAAGGUCAGUUGGCUAAGAGUAAGCAGCAGUCAUUCUUGAAUCCUGCUCCUAACAAUCCACUUCCUCCCCAAUUCGUUCCUCAACCUCCUUACGUAUCUCACACAUUCCAAGCUGUCGGCCCACCUCCGCAAGUGGGACCCCAUGGACCCCAUUUCACCAACUACCACAACGCCAGCUUUACCUUUGCACCGCUGGCUUCGAUGCCACCCGCUCCUCCGCCACCUCCACCCAUCAAGUACCCCAUCGAAGAUCUGCAAGUUGCUCCAAGACACAAUGCGCCACAGCGACCGACACUCAAGUUCUUCUCCCAAGACACACCUUCAGACAUUGGCACGACAAAAGGGGAAGGAAAUGGCAUUCUCAUGAGGUCUAUUGGACCGUUGCUGGAGUGUUGGGAUACAUUGAACGUUUAUUGCGAGAUUCUGAGGCUAGACUCGUUUACUUUUGACGAUUUUGUUGAGGCGAUGCAGUUCUCUUCAGAGGAUGUUGACUGCGAAUUAUUUGUAGAGACGCAUUGUGCCGCCUUGAAGAUGCUUGUUAGUUCUGAGGCGGAAGGUGGAAAGAUUCACGUCCAGUUACCAGAUAUGGACGAGGAGAGUGACGAUGAGGAUUCUGCUGCAGAGGCCAGCCCUGCUCCGACACCAACCCCUGAACCUGAACCGAAACCAAAAGGAAGAGCAACUCGGAGCAGUCUGGCGAAGGCCGAGGCCGAGGCACUCAAGGCUGAGCCGGAGCCCGCGAAGGAACCAACCCCAGAACCCCAGAGCCCUCAUCGAGCAGCUGAGAUGCAAGUAGAAAUUGGCUGGAUUGAUCGUUUGAGAAAGCGUGACUUCAAGAACGGUGGUUGGCAGAUCAUCAUGGUCGGACUGUUGCAUCAGCUUUCGAAGAGCCCUCGGAAUUUCGAAUCCUGCGAGAUUCUUCUGAAAGAGCUUGCGCCUCUCGAUAUGCCACCUACUUCUGAGACUGCCCGCCAACAAUACGCCAAACUCGACGUUAACCUGAGAAUCCAAGCCCUUCAGAUUGUCUGCAUGCUGAUUGCAGAGACAAAGGCAGUCCGAAAUUAUAUGGAGGAGUGCAGUGAGCAGAUGACCUCAUUCCGCAAGGAGAAAAUCCAGUUCCAGCGUGAUCGAAAAGCCUUACUUGAGGAACUCCGUCUAUUGAACGAGGAGCGCAAGAUUCUUCUCCCAGCGAAUCUGCCGCCAUCCCCGAUUCCAGAGAACAAACCUCUGCAUGGAGAUGUCAAGAUGACAGGGGUGGAGGAAAAGACCGGAGACGAGACUGAGGAGGAGAUCAUCGAUACCGAUGAAGAUCCACAUCUAGGAAGAUCGUUACGACGUGGUCUUGACCGAGCUGCAGAGAGGAAACGAAAGCGCGAGCUCGAGCAAGAGAAGAAGGAAAAGGCUGAAGCCGAGGCGAAGAUUCCAAAGCAGUCGAAGCAAUUCACGAAACUCAUGAAGGACAUCGCCAAGAAGGAAGAGGCAAUCAAGGAUUGCGAAGAUGAGAUCGCUAUCCUGGACAACGAUCUUCGAGAAGCAGAUUGUCCGCGAACACGUGUUCUGGGCAAAGACCGAUUCUGGAAUCGAUACUAUUGGUUUGAGCGUAAUGGCAUGCCGUAUGCUGGGAUGCCAAACAGCUCAACAGCGGAAUCAGGUUAUGCUAACGGAUGCAUUUGGGUUCAGGGUCCUGAUGAUCUGGAGCGAGAGGGAUAUAUUGACAUGAAGCCGGAUUGGCAGAACGAGUACCGGAUGAAAUUUGGCAUGUCGGUUCCGGAGCGAAAGAAAAUGGAGGAAGGCGCCACGAGUCUCUUCACUGCACACCAAUGGGGUUACAUCGAGGAUCCGGAGGCGCUUGAUGGCUUAAUUUCAUGGCUUGAUACUCGUGGAACCAACGAGGUGAAGCUGCACAAGGAACUCAAGCUUUACCGGGAUAGGAUUGCACGAAACAUGGAAAAGCGAAAGGAAUACCUCAACCCGGCGGAAGACAAGUCGGUCGAUUCAGGUCCCAAGCGCAUGUCGACCCGUCGGAAGGAGCAACACGUCGAUCACACAGCUCAUCGAUGUCUGUCCUGGCACAACUCGAUAGCCCUGGACGAACUAGGGCACUUGCAUUCAGAUCAACCGCGAGCACGAAAGCCAGCGAAGAAGGCUGCAGCGCCACCGCCUAUGGUUGAAGAGGAGCGGCAAACACGAAGUGAGGGGAAGGGCAAGAAGCAGAAAGGCUUGGGUCGGCAGGGCACGAGAUACGAAUUCUAAACCGGGGUGCGUCUUUCAUCAUUCGAUUGGGUUAGAGGCAUCCUCACUAGGGCAUCUUGUUAUAUAAGUUACUGUCAUCUUGGACGGAGUACGGAUUAGAUUUGAGCAUGGAGUAUGGAGGCGGCACUUGCUGGUGUUGCUGCUGAAAAGUGGCCGGGCAUGAAAAAUUGGCGUUGUCUGAGUCGUCUGAUCUUCAUGGUCGGGCAGACAAAAGCUCCUGCAAUUGCGAUUGGGCUUUAGACAAUGAUGUUUGCGUACUAUAAAUAGCUUGCUAGGUCCGAAUCAAUUGGUUGAUUUCAAUCACG